AGGACGGCGGCGGUGCGCGGCCGAGCGGCGAUCGGCGGGAGCCUCGGUGCCCAUCCCCGCCUGGCCCUCCAGAGCCCUCUACAGGGAAAUUGCUCACCAGGAACCGAGGUCUGCAUACUGAAGACCCAGAGGCAGCAUGGGGGAGUGAAGAGUGUGGGCUGUGGAGUCAAACCAGUUUUGAAUUCCUUCUCUGCUGCAUGAUAGCUCGAUGAUUAGGCAGAGUGCAUAUAUUGAAGAAAGUUGAUUAUACAUUACUCUUGAUUUCUCCAAGAAUUCUCACCCAUUUCUUGGUUUUACUUCCAUUAUAUAUGGAUCAUGACUACCUGACAAAAACACAUCAAGUCUAAAAGUCAUAGCGCUUAAGGCAGAAUUGCAAGAUCUCUACAAAUAUGAAUUUCUGUACCAGAAAAGAAUAGUGAUCAGCCUUUGUUUGUAUCUUUUACACAUCGAAGAUGGUGAAGCUAGAUAUUCAUACUCUGGCCCAUCACCUCAAGCAGGAACGCUUGUAUGUAAACUCUGAGAAACAGCUCAUUCAGAGACUCAACGCAGAUGUACUUAAGACAGCUGAAAAGUUGUAUCGUACAGCAUGGAUUGCUAAGCAACAGAGAAUUAAUUUGGAUCGGCUUAUCAUAACCAGUGCUGAAGCUUCCCCUGCUGAAUGUUGUCAACAUGCCAAGAUUUUGGAAGACACACAGUUUGUUGAUGGAUAUAAGCAGUUAGGGUUUCAGGAGACUGCUUAUGGAGAGUUCUUGAAUCGAUUAAGGGAAAAUCCUCGUCUUAUUGCCUCCUCUUUGGUUGCUGGAGAAAAACUUAAUCAGGAGAACACACAAAGUGUUAUUUACACAGUUUUUACCUCCCUCUAUGGUAACUGCAUUAUGCAAGAAGAUGAAAGCUACCUCCUUCAGGUUUUGAGAUACUUGAUUGAAUUCGAACUUAAAGAAAGUGACAACCCUAGGAGACUUUUGAGGAGAGGAACUUGUGCCUUCAGCAUCUUAUUUAAACUUUUUUCUGAAGGACUGUUUUCUGCCAAACUUUUUCUCACGGCUACUUUACAUGAGCCUAUCAUGCAGCUGCUUGUUGAAGAUGAAGAUCACCUUGAAACAGAUCCAAACAAGCUAAUUGAGAGGUUUUCCCCAACUCAACAGGAAAAACUCUUUGGAGAAAAAGGCUCAGAUAGGUUCAGGCAAAAGGUUCAAGAAAUGGUGGACUCCAAUGAGGCCAAGCUAGUGGCUUUGGUGAACAAAUUUAUUGGUUAUCUCAAGCAGAACACAUACUGCUUUCCACAUAGCUUGAGGUGGAUUGUGUCACAGAUGUACAAAACCCUUUCCUGUGUAGAUAGACUGGAAGUUGGGGAGGUCAGGGCAAUGUGUACUGAUCUCCUGUUGGCCUGCUUCAUUUGUCCUGCAGUUGUCAAUCCAGAACAAUAUGGAAUAAUUUCUGAUGCUCCUAUUAAUGAGGUGGCGAGAUUUAAUCUGAUGCAGGUUGGCCGCCUUUUACAGCAGUUGGCAAUGACUGGCUCUGAAGAGGGAGAUCCUCGGACGAAGAGCAGCCUUGGAAAAUUUGACAAAAGCUGUGUUGCUGCUUUCCUUGAUGUUGUGAUUGGGGGCCGAGCCGUGGAGACUCCGCCAAUGUCCUCUGUUAAUCUUCUGGAAGGGUUGAGCAGAACUGUGGUUUAUAUAACUUACAGUCAGCUUAUUACUCUGGUGAAUUUCAUGAAGAGUGUGAUGUCUGGAGAUCAACUGAGAGAAGAUCGAAUGGCUCUUGACAAUUUAUUGGCAAACGUACCUCAGCCAAAGCCAGGAAAAAGCAGCAGUUUGGAAAUGACUCCCUACAGCACUCCUCAGCUGUCUCCAGCAACUACCCCAGCAAAUAAGAAGAAUCGGCUGCCUAUAGCACCUCGAAGCAGAAGUCGCACCAAUGUGUUAAUGGACUUACAUAUGGACCAUGAAGGAUCAUCUCAAGAAACCAUCCAGGAAGUGCAGCCAGAAGAAGUAUUGGUCAUUUCUUUAGGGACAGGUCCCCAGCUUACUCCAGGGAUGAUGUCAGAAAAUGAGAUCCUAAAUAUGCAACUUUCGGAUGGAGGACAAGGAGAUGUCCCAGUCGAUGAAAACAAACUCCACGGUAAACCUGAUAAAACCUUGCGCUUUUCCCUCUGCAGUGAUAAUCUGGAAGGAAUAUCUGAAGGUCCUUCCAAUCGAUCCAACUCAGUAUCCUCGCUAGACCUGGAAGGAGAGUCUGUAUCAGAACUUGGAGCAGGACCUUCUGGGAGCAAUGGGGUUGAAGCUCUACAGCUGUUAGAGCAUGAGCAAGCUACAACACAAGAUAAUCUUGAUGAUAAGCUAAGGAAGUUUGAAAUUCGUGACAUGAUGGGACUGACUGAUGAUCGGGAUAUAUCAGAAACAGUGAGCGAGACCUGGAGUACAGAUGUCUUGGGAAGUGAUUUUGACCCUAACAUUGAUGAAGAUAGAUUACAAGAAAUUGCAGGUGCAGCAGCAGAGAACAUGUUAGGCAGUUUGCUGUGCCUGCCAGGCUCAGGGUCAGUGCUUCUUGACCCCUGCACUGGCUCUACCAUAUCAGAGACAACAAGCGAAGCUUGGAGUGUGGAGGUAUUGCCAAGCGACUCGGAGGCCCCAGAUCUAAAGCAGGAGGAGCGCCUGCAGGAGCUGGAGAGCUGUUCUGGACUGGGCAGCACAUCUGAUGAUACGGAUGUCAGGGAGGUCAGUUCCCGCCCCAGCACACCAGGCCUCAGUGUUGUGUCGGGCAUAAGUGCAACCUCUGAGGAUAUUCCCAAUAAGAUAGAGGACCUGAGAUCUGAGUGCAGCUCUGAUUUUGGGGGCAAAGAUUCUGUCACUAGUCCAGACAUGGAUGAAGUAACUCAUGGUGCCCACCAGCUGACUUCUCCUCCUUCUCAGUCAGAAUCUCUGCUUGCCUUGUUUGACCCGCUGUCUUCACAUGAAGCGGCUUCUGCUGUGGUAAGGCCCAAGGUUCACUAUGCGAGGCCGUCACAUCCACCGCCGGACCCCCCUAUCCUGGAAGGAGCCGUGGGAGGAAAUGAAGCCCGACUGCCAAACUUUGGUUCCCAUGUUUUAACCCCAGCUGAAAUGGAGGCAUUCAAGCAGAGGCAUUCUUACCCUGAGAGAUUAGUUCGCAGCAGGAGUUCUGACAUCGUGUCGUCUGUCCGGCGCCCCAUGAGCGAUCCCAGCUGGAACCGGCGUCCAGGGAAUGAAGAGCGAGAACUUCCUCCAGCAGCAGCCAUUGGUGCUACUUCUUUGGUGGCUGCACCACAUUCAUCAUCUUCGUCCCCGAGUAAGGACUCCUCGAGAGGAGAGACUGAAGAACGCAAAGAUAGCGAUGAUGAGAAAUCAGACAGGAACAGACCUUGGUGGAGAAAACGUUUUGUUUCAGCCAUGCCUAAAGCUCCUAUACCAUUUAGAAAGAAAGAAAAACAAGAAAAAGACAAAGAUGAUCUGGGGCCUGACAGAUUCUCAACACUCACAGAUGACCCCAGCCCUAGACUCAGUGCACAAGCUCAGGUUGCUGAGGACAUUCUGGACAAAUACAGGAACGCCAUCAAACGAAGCAGCCCCAGUGAAGGAGCAAUGGCAAACUAUGAAAGUUCAGAGGUCAUGGGUGACAGCGAAAGUGCGCACGACUCUCCUCGGGACGAAACCCUGCAGAACAUCUCAGCUGAUGACCUCCCUGACUCUGCAAGCCAGGCCGCCCACCCUCAGGACUCAGCCUUCUCUUACAGAGAUGCAAAAAAGAAACUGAGGCUUGCUCUUUGCUCUGCGGAUUCUGUUGCUUUCCCAGUGCUAACCCAUUCAACAAGGAAUGGUUUACCCGACCACACAGACCCAGAAGACAAUGAAAUUGUAUGCUUCUUAAAAGUUCAAAUAGCUGAAGCGAUUAAUUUACAAGAUAAGAAUCUAAUGGCUCAGCUUCAAGAAACAAUGCGUUGCGUGUGCCGCUUCGAUAAUAGGACUUGUAGGAAACUGCUGGCGUCCAUCGCCGAGGAUUACAGGAAGAGGGCCCCCUAUAUCGCUUACCUCACGCGUUGCCGGCAAGGACUGCAGACCACGCAGGCGCACCUGGAAAGGCUGCUGCAGAGGGUGCUGCGGGACAAGGAGGUGGCUAAUCGGUACUUCACCACCGUCUGCGUGAGGCUGCUGCUGGAGAGCAAGGAGAAGAAGAUCAGGGAGUUCAUUCAAGACUUUCAGAAACUCACAGCGGCUGAUGAUAAAACUGCUCAGGUGGAAGACUUCCUGCAGUUCCUCUAUGGGGCGAUGGCCCAGGAUGUCAUCUGGCAAAACGCCAGCGAGGAGCAGCUGCAGGACGCCCAGCUGGCUAUUGAACGGAGUGUGAUGAAUCGGAUUUUCAAGCUUGCCUUCUACCCUAAUCAGGACGGGGACAUUCUUCGCGACCAGGUUCUUCAUGAUCAUAUUCAGAGAUUGUCCAAAGUCGUGACUGCAAAUCACAGAGCCCUUCAGAUACCAGAGGUCUAUCUUCGGGAGGCGCCGUGGCCGUCUGCACAGUCGGAGAUCAGGACGAUAAGCGCUUACAAGACCCCGAGGGACAAAGUGCAGUGCAUCCUGAGAAUGUGCUCCACCAUCAUGAACCUUCUGAGCCUGGCCAACGAGGACUCCGUCCCGGGGGCAGACGACUUUGUCCCCGUCCUGGUCUUCGUGUUGAUAAAGGCAAAUCCACCCUGUUUGCUGUCUACUGUUCAGUACAUCAGUAGCUUUUAUGCCAGCUGUCUGUCCGGAGAGGAGUCCUAUUGGUGGAUGCAGUUCACGGCAGCCGUGGAAUUCAUUAAAACUAUCGAUGACCGAAAGUGACCCAGACCAAGGCCAUGGCGCAGACUGUUAGGCGGGCAGACAAGUCUUUGAGGAAAUGUACCAGCUGUGUGAAGGCUGAAGAUUGUUUUGUAUAAUACUGUACAGCGUUCAGACAUUUUACAACAGAUCUUUACUAAACAGAUUAAUGAGCUAACAUGCAGGUUCUCUUUCUUUGGGCUCCUUUCUAAGUUGCAUCUUCUGUUAUUUUCUUGCCCCCAAGUAGAGAAUAGUACUGAAAAAGGGACCACAUUUUUCAGGUAUUUUGAAAUAUUAAAAAAACAACACAAAAUCUCCUAGAAGAUUCCUACAUCUCCAUCAUGGAUACACCUUCUUUCCUUUUAUUUUAAAGAGGAGUAUGUACCUCUUUUAAGAUGCUGUCCUAUCUUCUGCAUCUAAUAGAAGGAAAAUACCCGUUGCACUGAGGAUUACAAUAGUGGUGACAUUAGUGGCAUUAUCUAUAAAUACACUCACCUAAACUGAAAAGCUGAGAAGGAAAUGUAAAUAUAAUAUAUAUUUAUAUUUGAUGUAAUAUGGACAUCUUCAGAUUCUAAUAAACAAGGACUAUUGCUGACAGUAGGUUGUGAUGUACCCUCUUGUGAAAUGGUUUCCUUGACAAAAUUUAAGCUGAGCUUAAAGGCAGAAAACAAAAAAAUACACAACUAUUUAUUAUUAAAGUGUGACACAGUGUGUUGACUUUCCUAGGUGUGGAGUGUGGUGUCCAGGGCUGCCUGUGAUGUGGGGCCCGCAGAUCACUAGGUCAACGCAGACAUGUCUCAUGGUGGACGUCUGAACCUGCAGUAGGAGACAGACUAAUCUCCACACGUGGUUACGUAAGAAGGAAGAAUAGAUAGUUAAAUCUUCACUGUGGUCCUCCUCAUCUGAAAUACUCGGUAUCGUGUAGAAACCCCAAGCAGAACUCCUUACAAACUGUUAAUUGUAAUAUAUUUUUGAUGAUGAUUCACAUUGAAUGCACAGACCAGAAUUCAGUGAAUGUCAUUUUUUAAAAAAAACUAAUUUGUAUUGUCUGCUCUAGUGAUACAAGUUUUACUAGUGAUAAACUAUUUUAAUCAACCAUACUAUUCUUACGGGGGAAAAGUCUAUUUUGGCAGGUUUCUGUGCCUUUAUUUCUCUCUUCUGAAAAAAACUAUGUCUUUCAAUAUUUUGGGUUUGAUUGUAUAUCGAUAAUUCAUCAGGACUGGGUUUUGGUGUCUGAGCAGCUGGCCAGGGAGGCACCCCAAGGCCUCAAGCACAAGCCUUGUACAUAGGUCAUCGCUGACUGGUGUCACUUUGUAUGUUUCCUAAACAUGUUUAGCUGCUUUUAUAACAAACUUGGCUCCAUCCUUUGCGCCCCUUGUUGCUGGCCGCAUUUGCAGGCAUUUUUAAGGGAACUGUGAUAAAUAGCCUUGAGCAGACGAAGACAGGCUGUUCUUCCCUCUCUCCAAGAUACCUGUGCUCCACUGUGCCUAAAGAAGCUGGAUUUCUUUGUCUCCACCUCUUCUCAUUCAUUUAUUUUAAUAUACUGUAAUCAUAAAUUACAUAGGAGUGUGGCAUGUGGUUUCUGCCUUUUAGGGAGAGAGGAAAAUUAAACCAGUACUACAGAAUGUUCGUUUGAGUGUUAGGUCGAGAAAUCUGUGUGUAACUGUCAGACAUACCUAGGUACUAGAAGUCAGAUAUCACAAAUACAGUACCAGACAGACAUACUGGCUGAUGUGAGGUCUAAGACCGAGAGGGAGUCCAUCUACUUCCGCAUUUGAGUCAAUAAAUACUAAAUCAAUAGAAGACUUGGAAUAGUUGAAGUUCAUUGUUAGGGGAUUUAACUUGUAAGUCAAGGAGAGAUUUUUUUUUUUCCUCCAUGAUGGAUGGUAAAUCUUCCAUAUCAUCACUAUGAGAAUAAAUACGAAGAUGUGAACAUUGCAGAAGGCUCUUCUCUGUGGUGAAGGUGGUGAGUUUGGGGUACAGGGCUACCUCAGAGGCAGGGCUCUGUGGUGCUUGGGCCACUGGUGAGGGUGAACCCCAGAGAUGGAGAUGGGUGUGUGGGGUCUUGACUCAGGUUCUGACAGAGAAGCACAGCUCAGCUGUUUAGGGUGCACCUAAGUUUCCUCUGGAAAGCAGAUCAAGAGUACGGGAUAUUCAGCAUCAACCACUGGUUUGAUUUCACGACAGGGUUUAUGAUGGUGCUGAGCCCUGGAUGUGGCAGUUAGUACCUAUCUGCCUGGACGUGGUGGGAUGUGUGACAGGUGUAACUUGAUUUUCUCUUUCACGAAAGAGGAAUAGUUGUUCUUUGAAUGUUCUUUGUUCUUAUUGCACCCCUCCCAGCACUUACUUCACAGGAAGGGUUAGUGCAAAGGUGCAGAAUCACCACAGGAAACAUUUGGUGUGUGGAAUGUGUAAGGCCAGUGAAUAUUAAAUGGGGAGAUAGCGGCUCAGUUCACUGAAAUCUUGUAGAAUUAACUUAGCUAAUAAAAAAAAACAAGUUUGUAUUUUGUGUUAAUACUCUGCUACUGGGGAGCGUUAAACAGCAAUACAGAUUAAAGAUUGUUUUUCCUUGUAAAAUUAUUUUUUAAAAAACUCGUUUGGUAGAAAACACUUUGCAUUUUAGGUCACAUUUCAGCCACAGUAUUACUUUCUUCUGAUUUUCUUAAAAAACAAAACCUGCAUAUGAAAACCUUUUUAUACAGGUACUAAGUCACUGUAGUAAGAGAAUUAGAUGUUGUGAGGGUUGGGAAUAGAUGUCAUGCAUGGGUUUUCUUUUCCUGUGUCUUGGAAACCUUUAUGUACGUGCCACAGACUUCCAGCACGUAUGUCCCCGCGGUGAGUAAGCGAGAGAGUGGAGACCCCGCCCCGGGAUAGCGAGACCGUGUUUGUGCUGGGGGCCCAUAGCUCUGUGUGAUGUGAUUCCCACCACCUGCCUUGCAGACCCCAGCUUGGGUCAAAUAAAGGUCAACCUAAGUGUGUUUAAAGGAUGAAGUUUUAAAAAUUCCUUCCUCCUGAUGUGCCUGGGUGUGACAAGGGAGGGUAGGAACACACUCGCUCCAAAUUGUUAGUGGAUUGCACAGAAGAGAUUGAAAUGUGGUGGAAUCAGCUCCAUGUGUGUGUCCUAGACAGUCUCUUUCUGCCUUUCCGUUCCUUCUUUGUUUCUUUAAGAAAUCUGUAUUCGCCCCUUUUUUUUUUUUCCUCUCUAGUGAGUUUAUCCUGUAUGUAAUUGCCAAAAUUUGGGGGGAGGUGUGCAGGAAUCAAAAACAAUUCUUCUUGAAACUCAGAUGUUUUAGUCAGUAGAUGAAAAGGGAUGAGACACUUGAGAUACUUUGAAUGCCAAAAUGCUUGAGAACAUUGCCAGAUUAAUAAUAUAAUUUAGAAUGUAGGUUACCCAAGAAGUAGGAUGCCCAAGAAUAGCUUUAUUACUCUUGAGGACGCUUGGACGUACUUUCUUGUCAAGGUUGGUGUGGUUGGGCUGUGGAGUCAUAAUGGGGCUGCCAUGUCCCACAGGCCUGCACUCGGCAAAGGUUAAGUUCAAGAUAGAGGAGGUCCUCUCCCUUUGGGUAAAUGCAGACAGUGUGGGCAGGGCCACGCGCCUUAAGAACUCACCUCUGCUGAGUUGAUGCUCUGUCUUGUCUACGUAUUCUUGUGUUUCAUGUGUAUGAAAAAACUUUGUACUGCCUCUCCUCUUGAAACUGAAAAAAUCCUUAUAAAAGUCUCAGUAAUGAGCUUGCACCAUCUUGUAUAUGUACAGGAAACCUGUCCUGUCUUCUGAUGUCAUUACUAAUGUAUUCUGUAAAACUGAUUAAAAAGGGAGAGCAGUAUUUCACUGGGUUUUAUGUUUCCAGUCAUCUAUUUUUGUAUUCAGAAGUUUUUCUGAAUAUGUGUGGGACUUUUCAAAUUUUACUGAUAAUCUCCAUGAAUUCACACUGGUCUUCAUCUGAACAUGUAUGGGCAUUUGUUAAAUGCAGCACAGGAAGAACUAGAAUGUCCCAGCUGUUAAUAACAGGAUGGGGAAUUUUAACUGUUCAGCACAGUUCCUACCUGACCCCCAGGUUUGGCAGCUGUUCAUCAGCCUGGUUCUGGAGCAGAAGUCCUCACCACAGUAUCUAUUGAAAUCUCUAUUAAUCUUUCAAGUGAGCGGAAUUGCCGUCAGGCGGCGCCUGAGUCAUGGAAGCAAGUGUGCUCUGCAGGUUGCCUGGCUGGUGUUAAGGUGCUUCCUUCACACUGGUUGCACUUUUAGAAGGAAACAUUAGUUUGACCAAGGUCCAGCUUCCGUGCAGUCUGUACAGUAUUAAAGUUAAUGCUACAACUUUCCUAGAACCGAAAGCGCAAUUUUUCUUGCCAAACUGGAAUUACCUAUGUGCUUUUUGUAACCCACCCAACCCUCUCUCCAAGUACAUGGCCGUGUAGCCUUUCCCACCGCAUGCUGGCCAGGGAGGGUGCAGCGAGGCCUCCCUCGGUGCUGCCUGGAGAGUGUGUGUCCAUCUUGAAAAGUGCAUCGGGUCAGAAGCUGCCCUGGGCGGUAAAAGCGUUCUUUACCCAGAGAGGUCAGCGUCCACUGAAGAGCUUGCGCGGAGGGAUCCUCUUCUGUCUUCUUUGGGUACCAAAAUGCAGAACGUAGACUUCUAAAAGAAAGUCAACCAGUCAAUCUGGUAGAAAAUAUCUUCCGUGUUUCGUGCUAAAAUGGAAAUGACUCUCAGUCCAAGGGACUGAAGCUGAUGGAGAUGAGGAAUAUGAAAACCGUGGUGGUUUUAUUUGUUCACCAGGAAUUCAACAUAUUGCUGCCCAAACAUUAAAUUUUAUGCUCCCGUGAAAAGAGUAUCCAACGUGAUUUUUUAAAUAGCACAUUUUCAUGCUUUCCUUAGCUCUCCUAAUUUGUAAUUUUGACAAAACGUCUCCACGCAGGGCUGUUGAUCCACAUAUAUUGGCUGUGCUGUUUGAGAUCAGUAAUUCUGGUGGUUCCGGCAAGGAUGCUGACCAACAAAUUAUAAUCUCUCGUGGGGGUGGAGCCCCGUAGAGUUCUAGAAACCAGUGCUUAGCAAACUCCCCUGCUGAGAAUCACCUGGCACUCUUGUUAGUAAAUCAGAUCCUUCUUCCUGAGAGGGCCAGGAAUCUUUAGGCAAAUCCUCCAGGUGACUUAUCCCACAGAGGGGUGAGAAGCUCCCCGUGCUGCAGGACAUCUGGACCGUGGUGCCCACGUCAGCCAUCUGGGAUUACCAGCUGCAGGCCCGGGCCGUGCCCCACACCUGU